AUUAAACUGAAUUAACAGCUCUGGGUUCUCUGGCGAUCGGAUUCGAGGCAAACACAGAAAAUAUGGAAUAAGAUGGUUUUUGAAGCGAAACGGCUUUUCUGUCUGCGUCUGGUUUCCUUUGCAGAUGAUUGACAGGUCAUGGCGUUACUCUGUUGUCGUGACGAUGGUCUCUUUAGCCUGGCUCCUCCCAGUCAUUGCUUCUGCCACGCCCUUUCCCAGGGACCUGCAGCCAAUCAGUGUGGUGCGUCUGGAAGACUCGCACCUGUAUCCCAGUUUUCAGGGUCUGGUGUUUAAUAACGGCUCGGAGCGUCUGGGUCUGGACUAUCAGCUCAUGAUCCGGAUCCAGCACAUGCUGUACAUCGCUGCCAGAGACCAUGUAUUUGUUGUGAAUCUCACUACUGCAGUCGAUAAAAUCAUCCCACAGCAGAUCCUGACGUGGAGAUCUACAGACGUGUCCAAGUGCGCCGUGCGAGGAAGAAACAGCGAUGAAUGUUAUAAUUACAUCAAGGUUCUUGUGCCUCGUAACGACGAGACUCUGUUUGCGUGUGGAACGAAUGCACUGAACCCGGCCUGCAGAAACUACAGAUUGAGUUCGCUGGAGCAGGUCGGUCAGGAGCUGCUGGGUCAGGCCCGGUGUCCCUUCGAGUCUCGCCAGUCCAACAUAGGACUGUUUGCAGGGGGUCAUUUCUAUUCGGCCACAGUGACGGACUUCCAGGCCAGUGAUGCAGUGAUCUACAGGAGUUUGGGAGGAGAGGGCCGUCCCGUCCUGAGGACCGCCAAAUACGACUCCAAAUGGCUCAGAGAGCCUCACUUCCUGCAUGCUGUCGAAUACGGCAACUACGUGUACUUCUUCUUCAGUGAGAUCGCAGUGGAGCACACCGGCGCUGGGAAGGUGGUGUAUUCGCGUGUAGCACGUGUGUGUAAGAACGACAGCGGCGGCUCCACGCGUGUGUUAGAUCGUCACUGGACGUCGUUUCUGAAAGCACGUCUGAACUGCUCCGUUCCUGGAGACACGUUCUUCUACUUCGACGUGCUGCAGUCCAUCACCAGUGUGCUGCAGAUCAACCAACGGCCCGCUGUGGUGGGGGUCUUCACCACACAGAUCAACAGCAUUCCCGGCUCAGCAGUGUGUGGGUUUUAUUUGGAUGACAUUGAGCAAGUGUUCAAUGGGAAGUUUAAGGAGCAGAAGAACAGUGAUUCAGUGUGGAUGCCUGUACCUGAGGAGCUAGUGCCCAAACCACGUCCAGGUUCAUGUGCAGGUGAAGGUUCAGCGUCUUCCUACUCAUCCUCUGUUCAGUUUCCAGACUCUGUGCUUUCAUUUAUUAAGACACAUCCACUGAUGGACGAGACUGUGUCAUCAAUCAACAGCCAACCGCUGAUCACCAGCACCGCCAGCAGGUAUAGGCUGACUCAGAUUGUGGUGGAUACAGCAGCUGGUCCUCAUCAGAACCGCAGUGUAGUGUUUCUGGGCUCUGAAGACGGCCGUGUCCUGAAGAUCCUGACCAGCUCUCAAGAGAACAGCUCCAGACUGCUGGAGGACAUCAGCGUGUUCAGUCCCACACAGUGUAGCGGAGAGCGUAGGGUUUUGGGUCUGGAGCUGGAUCAGGAGCAUCACGCUCUGUUUGUGGCGUUCUCCAGCUGCAUCAUCAGAGUUCCUCUGAGCCGCUGCGCUCAACACGGCACAUGCAAGAGACGCUGUCUCCACACACACGACCCAUACUGCAUCUGGCUGCGGACGGGACGCUGUGCAGACGUGGCUCCAGGGUUCAAGGCGGGUUUUGAGCAGGACGUUGACGGUGACCAAUCACAUUCAUUUGACGCGUGCAUCACAGCAGGAAGUGAUGUGAGCUCAGCGGUGGAUUCAGCCUCCGGUGUGAAGCAGCUUCCUGAUGCAGCGGGUCUCAGCGACGGCUUCCACUUCUCUCUUCUGGGGGCGUGUGUGCUGGUGGCGUUCGUGUUGGGUGCCGUCGUCUCGGGCGUGCUGGUGUCCUGUUACUGCGGUCAGAGAUCCCACCAAUCACAGGAGCCGGAGGCAUCGCUCGCGCUCACCAGCCUCGCCAAACUCAACCGCCUCUUAGACCCCAAACCAGACAAGAACGACCUCACAUCCUCUCAGAUCUACAGCUCCGGGACGCCCGUAAAACCACACACCACUGAAGACGAGGAGCUGGUUUCCAACCUGCCCACCCCGGAUCUGACGCCCGAGCUGCCAAUCAAGAACUUACACAGCCAAUGGGAGAGAAGCCACACCUACAACUCCACCCUGCAGGUGUUUCCCACCAAUCAGACGCUUCCCAGCAAGCACACGCCCUCAGAGGGCCACGACGAUGAUGUAUUAAAACACACACACAAUCCAGUUAUCACCAUUAUGACUUCAUCUUUAUUCCCGGGCGACUCCGGCUCGCUGCACACCCCAACAUCAUAUUACAGCUGCCUGAAAGAGACGGCCGAAACCUCGGCGCUUCAGCAGAUUCCACGAGAGACUCUUCCCGAGCAGCCGGGCUCCUCGCAGCGCCACGUCCUUAUAAAGAUGGGCAACGGCGUCACGACCGCACGCCAGCACCGAUUCAACCAGAAGUCAGCGCCGGCGGGAAACAUCUACGAGAUACAGCGUCCGUUAAUCACAGGCAGCUCGUGUCUGACACGACAGCACAGCUACAGCGAGCCGCCACACCUGCAGCGCACGGCUAUCAUCAGACGCACAGAGUCACUCAAACCACAGAUACCCCCCAAACCCACAUACAUACCCCCCAAAACACUACACCUGCCCUCGCACCCCAAACACAGCUACUGACCUCUGACCCCAGGACACGACCCACACGGAACGAACAC